GUGCUGCUCGCCUGUGAGUUCUAAGGGAAGCCCAGAGAGAAAAUAAUUAUUAGGAAAACAAUUGCACACUUCAAGGGGGAACCCACAUCAGCCAGCAUGGAAGAGCAAACCCACAAGAGAGAUUCAGGGCAAGAAGAUGUUGAAGUAGAACCUAUUAGCUGUCUUGUAGAGGAACAAGGAGAAGAAGAAGAAAGAGAAGGUGACCAAAGUCUUCCUGAUUCUAGUAUUUUUAUGGAGGAGCAUCCCUUGACACUUGAUAUGAACCAAAUGUUUAGCGAAGAGGUUGGCAAUAUUUCUGGAUUUCAUCCAGGACCUGCUAGUGAAACAUCCAUUGCUACUUACAAAGCAGUCUCCACUGCAAAUGGUUUCCAGGCUGAUGCACAGGAGGGAAAUCAGCUAAUGGAGGUAAGACAAAUGGCAGAACUGGAGAAGGAGCAACAAUUUCAGUAUCAACUACUUGUAGAAGCCUGUGGACUAGAUCGAAGACAGGAUAUUUCACGUCCGUGGGUUUAUUCCUACUUCCAGCGUUCUUUUACAACAGAAGAUGAUUAA